AUGUGUGACUUUAUGUCCUGCCAAAUGACUUCCAAGAACACGCGGGAAAGUUGCCACACUGACCCUUACCAGUCACACGGUCAACACAGAAAUUUCCCGGCUUACUUCAGUCUCACUUUCGGUACGAGAAACCACACUCACCUACACAAGACAACUAGGAAACCACACUCACCUACACAAGACAACUCCAGAAACCACACUCACCUACACAAGACAACUCAGGAAACCACACUAACCUACACAAGUCAACUCAGGAAACCACACUCACCUACACAAGACAAUUCAGGAAACCACACUCACCUACACAAGACAACUCAGGAAACCACACUCACCUACACAAGACAACUCCAGAAACCACACUCACCUACACAAGACAAGCUAGGAAACCACACUCACCUACACAAGACAACUCAGGAAACCACACUCACCUACACAAGACAACUCAAGAAACCACACUCACCUACACAAGACAACUCAAGAAACCACACUCACCUACACAAGACAAGCCAGGAAACCACACUCACCUACACAAGACAAGCCAAGAAACCACACUCACCUACACAAGACAACUCAAGAAACCACACUCACCUACACAAGACAACUCAGGAAACCACACUCACCUACACAAGACAAGCUAGGAAACCACACUCACCUACACAAGACAACUCAGGAAACCACACUCACCUACACAAGACAACUCAAGAAACCACACUCACCUACACAAGAAACCACACUCACCUACACAAGACAACUCAGAAACCACACUCAUCUACACAAGACAACUCAAGAAACCACACUCACCUACACAAGACAACUCAGGAAACCACACUCACCUACACAAGACAACUCAGGAAACCACACUCACCUACACAAGACAACUCCAGAAACCACACUCACCUACACAAGACAAGCUCAAGAAACCACACUCACCUACACAAGACAACUCCAGAAACCACACUCACCUACACAAGACAACUCAGGAAACCACACUCACCUACACAAGACAACUCCCACACUCACCUACACAAGACAGCUCCAGAAACCACACUCACCUACACAAGACAACUCAGGAAACCACACUCACCUACACAAGACAACUCAAGAAACCACACUCACCUACACAAGACAAGCCAAGAAACCACACUCACCUACACAAGACAACUCAAGAAACCACACUCACCUACACAAGACAAGCCAAGAAACCACACUCACCUACACAAGACAACUCAGGAAACCACACUCACCUACACAAGACAACUCCAGAAACCACACUCACCUACACAAGACAAGCCAAGAAACCACACUCACCUACACAAGACAACUCCAGAAACCACACUCACCUACACAAGACAACUCAGGAAACCACACUCACCUACACAAGACAACUCCAGAAACCACACUCACCUACACAAGACAACUCCAGAAACCACACUCACCUACACAAGACAACUCCAGAAACCACACUCACCUACACAAGACAAGCCAAGAAACCACACUCACCUACACAAGACAACUCAGGAAACACUCACCUACACAAAGCCACACUCACCUACACAAGACAAGCUCAGAAACCACACUCACCUACACAAGACAAGCCAAGAAACCACACUCACCUACACAAGACAACUCCAGAAACCACACUCACCUACACAAGACAACUCCAGAAACCACACUCACCUACACAAGACAACUCCAGAAACCACACUCACCUACACAAGACAACUCAGGAAACCACACUCACCUACACAAGUCAACUCAGGAAACCACACUCACCUACACAAGACAACUCAAGAAACCACACUCACCUACACAAGACAACUCCAGAAACCACACUCACCUACACAAGACAACUCAGAAACCACACUCACCUACACAAGACAACUGAAACCACUCACCUACACAAGACAAGAAACCACACUCACCUACACAAGACAACUCCAGAAACCACACUCACCUACACAAGACAACUCAAGAAACCACAUUUACUUACAAAAAAAAAAAAAAAUUAAGUAUAUAUCUCUUCUUCUAACCCUACAUACCAAUUUGAAACACCUGAUACCUCUCCUUCACAAACCCAAACAUUCGCCUUUGCUUGGCCGUCCUGCCACGCCCUGGCUUGCCUCUCCCGUAGUGCACGAGCAGCAGCCCCGAGUAACGAACGGUCCCCGGCCACUGUUAUCUCGCCGGGUUCACCUUGCACUCAGGAUCAUUAGUAAUACCGGGGAGGUGCAGCAAGUUGGUUCAUUAUAG